CACUUUGGAUUCAAACCAGUCAUGAAAAAUUAUUUUCAAAUCACAUAGAUGGAAUCUAACUUUUCUACUGGAAUUUAGCGAGAAAUUUUUGAGAGGAAUGCUUCACACCGCAUGUUGCAUUCCUGUUCAAGGAUUUCUCCUGAGACGAUUGCCGUUAUGUCUUGCAUGCACUGUUGCUAUGGUUAUUUUGGCAAUUUACUCAGGUUACAGUUGCACAAGAAGUCGUAACAUGGAACAAUCGAGCAGUCAACGAUCUUUUAGCAAAGCACUAUCAAAUGAAAGCCCUCGAAUGAAUAUGGAGAACGACAGCCCUUGCUUAAAGGAUGCCUUUAAAGAAAUUUUACUCGUUAUUGCUUACAACUAUCCACUUUAUGACAGUAUUCCUCAUCUAGCGGCUCUUUACAGACCAGCUUUUCCUCAUUUGUUAUUCUGCGGUCCUCCUCAUAAUACAACACGUUCUGGAAUUUUAAUUGUCGAUGUUUACAGAGGUAUUUUAGGAUAUGAGUGUCUUGGUAGGGCAAUAAGGGAGCAUCCGGGAUACAAGGGGUAUUUUUAUAUAAACGAUGACGUCAUACUUAAUUAUUGGAAUUUCCUGGAUUUUGACAGAGGAAAAAUUUGGGAAUCUUCGUUCUCGUUUGGUUCUACGCCUAUUUAUGAGCCCGCGAACAGUAACUGGUACUGGUGGAUAUCUCCGUACGGCUUGAACAAUUGCCGAAGAGCUUGCGAAGACGUGGCGAACAUGAACUCGGGGCCGAAAAAACUUAACGUAAAAUAUCACAUAAGCGCUCUCUUUAAGAACAGUAACGGAACGUUACGAUGUUUCAGUGGCCGCUCUGAUAUUCUGUACAUUCCUUACAAACACGCCAAAGCAUUUUCAAUACUUUCAGAGAUUUUCUACGAAAGAAAAGUUUUUCUGGAAAUUGCCAUUCCAACUAUGAUUCGUUUCCUGGAAAAAAAUGACAAUAUCGGUCGACUCCCGGGCUACUAUAUUCCAGGAGAUGUACGCAAAGGUGACCCGCGAGUCACUGAUAGCAGGUUUUUCUGGUUUGUGUACUUUCCGAAAAACAAGUUGUGGUUCAUCCAUCCUUUCAAACUGCACCAGCACGAACUUGAUAGCAAAUUCAACAUGGUCAUGUUAAAAUUCAUUCUCAUAGAGAAAGUUAAAUCACUUACGAACUGCAGGCCCUUAACGUUCUCCAGUAGGAAACCAAAAAAAAAUUGA